AUGGUCUACGAUUGGGAGAACAAGGAGGAGAUAUGCUAUCGCAUGUAUAUCGAGGAGAAAAAGUCGUUGGAGGACAUCAUGGAAUAUAUGAAAGAUGAGCACAAGUUCGCCCCAAGCAAACGUGCCUUCCAAACCCAAUUCAAGCGCUGGGAUUUCCCUUCCAAGCAGAAUCCCGCCCAUAAAAAUGCCGCCCUCGUCCAGCGCGUCAAGGAACUAUGGGAUUGCAAUACAUCCCAGCGAGAGAUGCUACGCAUGCUCAACGAGGAGGGAUUUGACAUCAAAGAGCGGGAGCUGAUGCGGGUCCGGGCUAAGAAUCGAUGGCUGUUGAGGGUUCCAAAUGGCAUGAAGAGCAAGAAGCGUGAUUCGGACCAGGAUGUUGUCAGUCAGCUCCAGGCAGCUCUAUAUGGCGAAGCACAGAUGGUGGAUGCAGAGGGCGAGGAUGAAGAGAUGGAGGAGAUAGAUAUGCCCGCAGCUCCAAAGCGUACGAGAGGAACCUCGCCCCCUCUGAGCCCAGAGGUCAUGGCUAAGAGACAAGAACGACUUGCAAAACUUCAGGCUGAAUCAGCCGAGCGAUGGGCUACUCGAAAGCGUCGCCGUAGAACUCGUGGCUGGGCAGGACUUCCAGCAGAUCCUCCUGGGCCUCCUCGAUUCCCCUCCGAGACGACGAUUGAUGAAAGCAAAGCAUUCCUGAGUCUUGACAAUCGCCUGUAUCGGGAUAUCCGCUCACGAUUCCAACGAAUUUGCGAGGAGGCAGGCAUCAUAAAGAAGACACUGGCGGGUCCAGAGAGAUGGGAGGCUGCGAAGGACAGACUUGUACAAGAAAGUUCACAUCUACAAACCGUUUUCUGGGGCAACGAGGACAAUCAGGAGGCAAAGAAACUGGCAUUAGAUGUGGUCUGCAGUGAUGUCACAAAGAGGAUGCGAACUCUGGAACGCCGCAUGACAAUUGCAGAAGCUAAGAACGCUCUUGGUAUCAACCCCGAGGAGUCUCGACAACUACGAAAUGCGUUUUAUCAAGUUUUGAAGGGCGACCACUUCACGAGCAAGCUUGAGGCGGGAGAGGAGCACUGGAAAGAGCUGAAGCAACAAUGGAUCAACGGUUCUGACCUAUUGCAAAACAUACUCGCACCUGGGGAAGCGGAUCCUCAGCACAAUGAGAAAGUCAAGGCUAUGGAGGUUCUCUGCAGAGACGUCAUGAAGCGUCUUCGAGAUGACCAGACCAAGCGUGAUCCGACCCGAAAAAAGAAGUUUGACUCGAACUACACUGCGCCAGACGCACUGCAAUUUGACGACGCACCAGAGACAAGCGGGUUCCAAACCAGUUCCCAUGAUGCUCUUGCCCAGGUAGCAUCUCAAGCACAAGCCCAGACUCCAGUUCAAGCACAAACUCGAGCUCCAAGUCGCGCGCAGACUGGAUUGAACCAUGCUCAAGCCCAGGCGCGACAACCUCAACCUCAAACACAUAACCAGGUCAUGGUAGACCACAACGACAUGCAAAUCGACCCUUCCCUCCUAUUAGCCGCCGCAAACGAUCCUUCUCUACUGAACCGUAGCAUGCAGAACCAGUAUCCAGCCCAACAAUAUGCCGAUCAGCAAUACGUCGCUCAAGCGGCCCAGGCUGCAUUUGCCCCAUCACAAUCAUCCAUCGCCGUCUAUUUCCGCCUGCAUCCCGCAUCUGAGAUCCAAUCCAAUUCUCGCCUCUGGGUCAGCACGCUCAGCUCGGUUUCUGUGGAUGAGUUGAGGCAGUUGGCUACUGUCAGGACGCCUGGUACGCUAGCGUUAAGAAUUGAAGGGGUUAUCAAACAACCAAACGGCCAGGAGAUGACGUUGCCGAUCGAUCAAGACGACGAGUUGGAGGCGUAUUUGGCAGCAAUCAGUGGGGUUAAGCCGGUCUUCUCAGUCCAGCUGGUUGCUGCGUGGAAGAAUGCUUGA